AUGGCCUCCAAUACGGCGGCUUCUCUGAUCGCCUCGAACGGUCUCGGGAGCCUGGUCAACCCGGGCACUCUAGCCACUCAAACUCCGGCUGGGCCCAAUAUGCCGGGGUUGUACUCGACGACCGGAUUUGACAUCGUGAGCGUGCUCGCCAAGGUGGCCAAUCGGAAGGACCCCAAGACGGUGUUGGGCCCGGUCGACUGUAGUUGUAGUUUCGUCGUCUCGGAUGUGCGAAAGUUCGAUUCUCCCAUUGUCUAUACAUCACCGACCUUUUCCCAAUUGACAGGAUACGAGGCGAGGGAAAUCUUGGGCCGCAAUUGUCGGUUCUUGCAGAGUCCAGAUGGCGAGGUCGCCAAGGGGUCGAGAAGAAAGUACACCGAUAAUGUCGCAGUCGCUCACAUGAAGCGGUUAUUGCAAGCGGGCAAAGAGUGUCAAGCCAGUUUGAUUAACUAUCGCAAGGGCGGAACGCCAUUCAUCAACUUGGUCACGGUAGUGCCGAUCACGUGGGACAGCGACGAGAUUGUCUAUCACGUUGGAUUUCAGGUCGACCUCGUCGAACAGCCCAACGCCAUUCUGCGAAACAUGCGGGACGGUUCAUAUCAGGUCAAUUACACAGUGCAAAACAACCCGCAACCGCCCAUGAAACCAGCGGCGAAACCUGUUAUCGAACCGCCACCACCGACGUCGAUCGGAAUCUCCCGGCAGAUGCUAGCCCUCUUGCCGCAAAAGGCCCAGACAGCGGUCUUGGCUGGGGGCGAAGAAGUUGGAAAGUCGGAGUGGCUCCAGCUUGUCCUCGCCAAUACCGAUGACUUUGUGCAUGUCUUGUCGCUCAAGGGACAGUUUCAGUACGUCUCGCCGAGCGUGACGAGGGUACUAGAAUACGAGCCCGAGGACCUUUUGAACAAACACAUCUCGGACAUUUGUCAUCCCUCGGAUAUCGUUCCCGUCAUGCGGGAGCUCAAGGAUGCCACCCAUACCCCCACGGAGGGUCGACAACCACAAGCUAUCAACAUGUUGUUCCGUGUACGGCGAAAGCUGAGCGGAUACAUCUGGCUCGAGAGCAGUGGACGGCUUCAGGUCGAAUCCGGCAAGGGGCGAAAGGCGAUGGUUCUGACGGGUCGAGAUCGAACUUUACCAGCAUUUUGCUGGAAAGCACUUGAUGAUCAUGGCGGCCUUAGCGAUACCGAGGUGUGGGCAAAGGUCUCUUUGGAUGGUCUUUUGCUCUGGGUCACCGGAAGCAUAGGCGAGAUCUUUGGUGCGCGAUCGAGCGAGUUGAUUGGCAAAAGCAUCUACUCGUUCAUGGCCGGCGGCGAAGACGGCCCUCCAGCUCCGGACGGUCACUCGUCAUCAUUAGCCGUCGAGAAGGCGAUUUCAACGUCGGCCGAGGGGCUUCCUAAGCGAGGCGCGACGUCGGUGCGACAUCAGCUCAUCGGCUUCGAUGGCAGGACUCGCGAAGUCACAUCCAACUUCUUUGCAGCGGGUUCGUCAUCCGCUGGGCCUAUAACUCCACCUCGUGAAUCACCUACCGCAUCCGAUGACGAUCUACGCAGCAAUGUCAGCGGUAUCGUGGAGGCACUGCCUUUCCAGAUCCUGGUCCAGAUCAAGUCGAGCCCGACAGGCAUUCAAAAGCCGAAAUCCGCCAUCGUUCACCCUCUUUCCGAAAACGUAUUCGAGGAGAUGGAUACAACACGAGGCACAUCAUGGCAAUACGAAGUACAUCAGCUCAAGACUGCCAACCGAAAAUUGAAGGAUGAGAUUCAAGCACUGCGUACCGGAAACAAGACUGCGAAGAGCUCCGACGCAGAGGACGAUAUCAAGCGAGCCAAGGGUAAAAAACGAAAAGCAAACGAGAGCGGACCUCAACCAACAACGGAUCACCCAACCCCGCUUCACCAGCAAACGCCUGGUUUCGGGCUGGCGCCUGGCCAGCUUUUCAAGACAUGGUCCUAG